GUGCGUCGCUCGGAGGCGGGCGAGUCCAAGGGGGCGUGGCGUGUGAGGGGUGGUGCGCGCGGCGCUGCGGGCGGAGGCUCUUGGUGCGCACCGCCUCUUGGCUCCCGGCCUCCCCCGCGCGCGCGCGCCGAGUGGUUCGACCCGACCCCCCGGCUCAUUGUGCCUUCUCCUCACGCCGGCCCAAGAUGGCGGCGGCGCUGGGCGUCCCGGGUCUGUGACUCCUACAAAGAGGGGAGCCGGGGGCCGCACGGGAGCGGCGGCCGAGGCGCAGGCCGGGCCGUCUGUCCUCUGCCGUCCGCCCCGCGUCCGCCCGCCCCCGCCGCCCGGCUUCCCGCCGGCGGCCCCGCCCCUCCCCCAACCGUCCGCCUAGCAUGGUGCGGCGGCCGCGCGCGCCGACAUGGGCGAAAAGCUGGAGCUGAGGCUCAAGUCGCCAGUGGGCGCCGAGCCCGCUGUCUACCCGUGGCCGCUGCCGGUCUACGACAAGCACCACGAUGCUGCUCAUGAGAUUAUCGAGACUAUCCGGUGGGUCUGUGAGGAAAUCCCAGAUCUCAAGCUGGCCAUGGAGAACUAUGUCCUGAUCGACUAUGACACCAAAAGUUUUGAAAGCAUGCAGAGGCUGUGUGACAAGUACAACCGAGCCAUCGACAGCAUCCACCAGCUGUGGAAGGGCACCACGCAGCCCAUGAAGCUAAAUACUCGACCUUCCAAUGGGCUCCUGCGGCACAUCCUGCAGCAGGUGUACAACCACUCUGUGACUGACCCUGAGAAGCUCAACAACUAUGAGCCCUUUUCCCCUGAGGUGUAUGGGGAGACCUCCUUCGACCUGGUCGCCCAGAUGAUCGACGAGAUCAAGAUGACUGAGGAUGACCUGUUUGUAGACCUGGGCAGUGGUGUGGGGCAGGUUGUCCUUCAGGUUGCUGCGGCCACCAACUGCAAACAUCACUACGGAGUGGAGAAAGCGGACAUCCCAGCCAAGUACGCGGAGACCAUGGACCGAGAGUUCAGGAAGUGGAUGAAAUGGUAUGGAAAAAAGCAUGCAGAAUACACACUGGAACGAGGUGACUUCCUCUCAGAGGAGUGGAGGGAACGGAUCGCCAACACGAGUGUUAUAUUUGUGAAUAACUUUGCCUUUGGUCCUGAGGUGGAUCACCAGCUGAAGGAGCGAUUCGCAAACAUGAAGGAAGCUCCUAGGCUGCACAGCAGAAGCGGCAGAAUCGUCUCCUCAAAGCCCUUUGCCCCUCUGAACUUCAGGAUCAACAGCAGGAACUUGAGUGACAUCGGCACCAUUAUGCGUGUGGUGGAGCUGUCACCCCUGAAGGGCUCCGUGUCAUGGACUGGGAAGCCCGUCUCCUACUACCUGCACACUAUUGACCGCACCAUACUUGAAAAUUAUUUUUCUAGUCUGAAAAAUCCAAAACUCAGGGAGGAGCAGGAAGCAGCUCGGCGCCGGCAGCAGCGAGAGAACAAGAGUAAUGCAACUACCCCCACCAAGGUCCCAGAGAGCAAGGCAGCUGCCACGGAGGCCCCCGCGGACUCUGGUGCUGAGGAAGAAAAGUCAGGUGUGGCCACUGUCAAAAAGCCAUCUCCCUCCAAAGCCCGGAAGAAGAAACUGAACAAGAAAGGGAGGAAAAUGGCUGGCCGGAAGCGUGGACGGCCCAAGAAAAUGAGUGCUGCAAACGCUGAGCGCAAGUCCAAGAAGAGCCAAAGCGCACUGGACCUCCUGCACUCCUCUCCUCCAGCCCCGCCCUCAGCCUCACCCCAGGAUGCGUACAGGGCACCUCAUAGCCCGUUCUACCAGCUACCUCCGAGCACGCAGCUCCACUCCCCCAAUCCGUUGCUGGUGGCACCCACCCCGCCUGCAUUACAGAAACUUUUAGAGUCCUUCAAGAUCCAGUACCUGCAGUUCCUGGCUUACACGAAGACCCCACAGUACAAGGCCAACCUGCAGCAGCUUCUGGACCAAGAGAAGGAGAAGAACACACAGCUGCUGGACACCGCACAGCAGCUCUUCGGUCAUUGCCAAACCCAAAAGGAGGAGAUCCACAGACUGUUUCAGCAGAAACUGGAUGAGUUGGGCGUGAAGGCGCUGACCUACAAUGACCUGAUUCAGGCCCAGAAGGAGAUCUCUGCCCACAACCAGCAGCUGCGGGAGCAGUCAGAGCAGCUGGAGAAGGACAACAGUGAGCUGCGGAGCCAGAGCCUUCAGCUGCUCAGAGCCCGGUGUGAGGAGCUGAGGCUGGACUGGUCCACACUGUCUCUGGAGAACCUGCGGAAAGAGAAACAGGCCCUGCGGAGCCAGAUCUCAGAGAAGCAGCGACACUGCCUGGAGCUGCAGAUCAGCAUUGUGGAGCUGGAGAAGAGCCAGCGACAGCAGGAGCUCCUGCAGUUGAAGUCCUGUGUGCCACCAGAUGAUGCUCUGUCCCUGCAUCUGCGUGGCAAGGGUGCCCUGGGCCGCGAGCUGGAGGCCGAUGCUGGGCGGUUGCGUCUUGAGCUGGACUGUGCCAAAAUCUCCCUGCCACACCUCAGCAGCAUGAGCCCCGAGCUCUCCAUGAAUGGCCAUGCCGCUGGCUACGAGCUCUGCAGCACAGCUAGUCGGCCCUCGUCCAAGCAGAACACCCCCCAGUACCUGGCCUCCCCCUUGGAUCAGGAGGUCGUACCCUGCACCCCCAGCCACAGUGGCAGGCCUCGGCUAGAAAAGUUGUCUGGCCUAACUUUGCCAGACUACACCCGGUUGUCACCUGCCAAGAUUGUGUUGAGGCGGCACCUGAGCCAGGACCACACUGGGGUUAGCAAACCAGCUGCCAGUGAGCUACAUCCUCGGGCAGAGCAUGCCAAGGAGAGCACCCUUCCCUACCAGAGCCCCAGCUUGUCCAACAGCAUGAAGCUCAGCCCCCAGGAUCCACUGCCUGCCUCCCCCGCAACCUCGCCGCUCACCUCAGAGAAGGGCAGUGAAAAGGGUGUGAAGGAGCGUGCCUACAGCAGCCAUGGGGAGACUAUCACCAGCCUGCCUGUCAGCAUUCCACUCAGCACAGUGCAGCCCAACAAGCUGCCCGUCAGCAUCCCACUGGCCAGUGUGGUGCUGCCCAGCCGUGCUGAGAGGGCGAGGAGCACUCCCAGCCCUGGGCCACAGCCCCGAGACUCCUCAUCCACACUUGAAAAGCAGAUUGGUGCUUCCGCCCAUGGUGCAGGGGGCAGUGCAGCAGGGAGCAGGAGCCUCACACUGGCACCCACAGGUUUCUACACUGGUUCGGUGGCCAUCAGUGGAGCCCUGGCCAACAGCCCAGCGCCUCUGGUAUCUGGAAUGGAAACUGCUGUUUUUGAUGAGUCCUCUGGCCCUGGCAGCCUCUUUGCCACCAUGGGAUCUCGCAGCACACCACCACAGCACCCGCCUCUGCUACCACAGCCCCGCAACUCUGGCCCUGCAUCUCCUGCCCACCAACUUUCGGCCAGUCCCCGCCUGAGUGUGACUGCCCAAGGUCCGCUGCCGGACACCAGCAAGGGGGAGCUGCCUUCUGACCCUGCCGUCUCAGACCCGGAGAAUGAAGCUAAGAGGAGGAUUGUGUUCAGCAUUGCAGCCAAUUCCAGCUCUAAGCAGUCGCCUUCUACCAGGCAUAGCCCCUUGACCUCUGGAACCCGUGGGGAUUCUGUACAGAGCCAUGGGCAGGACAGUCGUAAACGCAGCAGAAGGAAGCGUGCAUCAGCGGGAACCCUCAGCCUUAGCACGGGUGUGUCCCCCAAGCGCCGGGCUCUGCCAGCUGUCGCUGGCCUCUUCUCACAGUCCUCGGGGUCUCCCCUCAACCUCAACUCCAUGGUCAGCAACAUCAAUCAGCCCCUGGAAAUCACAGCCAUCUCAUCCCCUGAGAGUUCCCUGAAGAGUUCCCCGACCCCCUACCAGGACCACGAUCAGCCCCCGGUGCUCAGGAAGGAGCGGCCACUGGGCCUGACGAAUGGGGCCCAUUACUCACCACUGACCUCAGAUGAGGAGCCAGGCUCUGAGGAUGAGCCCAGCAGUACCCGAAUUGAAAGAAAAAUUGCAACAAUCUCCUUAGAAAGCAAAUCUCCUCCGAAGACGCUGGAAAAUGGUGGUGGUUUGGUGGGAAGGAAGCCUGCACCCUCGAGUGAACCUGUGAACAGCAGCAAAUGGAAGUCCACUUUCUCACCCAUCUCCGACCUCAGCUUGGCCAAGGCCGUGGACAGUCCAUUGCAGGCUGGCUCUGCACUGAGCCACAGCCCCCUGUUCUCUUUCCGGCCGGUCCUGGAGGAGCCUGCAGCUGAGGCCAAGCUCCCCGCCCACCCAAGGAAAAGCUUUGCCGGCUCUCUGACUGCAGCCGAGGGCCCGAGCCCUGGCGCCAACCCUCCCAACGGCCUGGCCUUCAGUGGGGGCCUUGCUGCAGACCUCGGUUUACACAGCUUCAACGACGGUGCUUCCCUCUCCCACAAGGGCCCUGAGGUGGCCAGCCUGAGCUUCCCAUCACAGCGGGGCAAGGAUAGUACCACGGAGACUAAUCCCUUCCUCAGUAGGCGGCAGCCGGAGGGCCUAGGUGGCCUGAAGGGCGAGGGCAAUGCAGGCAAGGAGUCAGGCGAGGCCGUGCCCCUGUGUGGGUCUGCGGACAAAGUUGCACUGCCUCAUGGCAGCAGGGCAGGCAAAGGCCGUGACCGUGAGCUGGACUUCAAGGGUGGCCACAACCUCUUCAUCUCUGCUGCAGCCGUGCCUCCGGGUGGCCUCCUCGGUGGCCCUGGUCUAGUGACUGUGGCUUCCUCUGCGGGCAGUACAACACCUGCUGCCCAGGCUGCCCGGCCCUUUCUGAGCACCUUCACCCCUGGGCCCCAGUUCACUCUGGGCCCCAUGUCCCUGCAGGCCAACCUGGGCUCUGUGGCCGGCUCCUCUGUGCUGCAGUCCUUGUUUAGCACCGUGCCCGCCGCUGCAGGCUUGGUGCAUGUGUCAUCUGCUGCGCCCCGACUCACCAACUCGCACACCAUGGGCAGCUUCUCCUCCGGGGUGACCGGUGGAACUGUUGGAGGUGUCUUUACCCAUGCGGUGCCUUCUGCCUCUGCUCACCCGUUUGGAGCUGGUGUCAGUAGCGGGGCCGUGUGUAGCAGUGCCACGCUGGGCCUGAGCCCGCUGCAGGCGGCAGCCAGCACCUCGGCUUCUUCCUUUCAGGCUGCGGCUUCGGUCGAGACUCGGCCGCCCCCUCCACCUCCCCUACUUCCUCCUCAGCACCUGGGCCGGCCUCCUGCGGGGCCACCUGUCCUCCAUGCACCCCCUCCUCCUAACGUCACCUUGCCUCCUCCACCUGCGCUGCUGGCUUCUAACUCCGAGCCAGUGCUUCUGCAGAGCCUGGCCUCCCUCCCGGCUAACAAAGCUUUCUUACCCCCCUCCUCUGCCGCUUCUCUGCAGCCUGCUAACGCCUCUCUGUCUGUCAAGCUCGCCUCCCUUCCACACAAGGUCUCCCGCCCCUCCUUCACGGUGCACCACCAGCCCCUGCCCCGGCUGGCCCUGGCGCAGGCUGCGCCCGCCGCCCCACAGGCCAACUCCUCGGGGCCAUCUGCUGUGUGGGUUUCCCUUGGCAUGCCGCCUCCUUAUGCUGCGCACCUUUCGGGGGUUAAGCCUCGAUAAAGACCUUGCUUAGCUAGCAGUUCAUGUUCUGUAAGGUAAUUAGGACUUCUACCUCAGCCACGACCUAUGCAAGGACGGUGUGGACCAAGCCUGCUGCCUGCCAGGCCGGCGGAGCCGGACGUGGAGCCACUGUGAAUUGGCGGCACCGCAGGAGGUGCUGGACUGGUCCAGUUUGUACUGUCGAUAGUUUUAGAUAAAGUAUUUAUCGUUUUUUUUUUUUUUUUAAGUAUAAGCAAUUUUGACAUAUUUUAUUCCAUCAAAGUCGUCCAAGGCAACCUCUUGAGACGCCUAAGUGUCUGUGAGAGAGAAUCAUAUAAAGACUUGGCCUGCCGGGCUGGCCACCAGGAGGAUUCUAGACUCCGUCCCGGUGCUAUCUCACCACCAAGCCCACGCCCACCCAUCUCCAACUUCGCCCCGGGUGCUGCCCCAGAUGCGGACCAAGGCCAAACAGUUCUCAGACGCACCCUUACUGCUUGUCCUGAUACCAAAGGCACGCCAGGCAUGCACGAUGGGGGCUGACUUCUGGUUCCUCUCCUUGGAACUCGCCCGCUGUCACUGUGAACACCCUGCUGUUAACCCUGUGACUUUAGGCGUGCCUUUGCUGUGUGUGCAGAUUGGGCUGGGGCAGGACUGGGUGCCUGGCUGGGCUGAGUGGUGCUGACAGGUGUGGGCCACUACUGCAAUGCUCAGUGGCUCCUGUGACAAGUGCAUUUACUUUGUAUUUCUUUGCUUUUCUGGCUCGGGGCAUGCUGGCCAGGUGACAUGGGGCUGGCCCACUGUGGGUCCCCUGGCAUCUGUGUAUAAGAGAGUCACAUGAUGAGUGACAGUAUUUUAUAGAGAUGUGAUGGAGAUUUAUAAAUUUCAUAGACUUGACUGCAUUUAUUUUUAGAUUGCACAGUGAACUUUAAUGGAAAGAAAAGUGAGGAGGAAAAAUACAUUUAUUUAUUCAAAUGCACAAAAAAAUGGCGCUGGUCAGGGGCCCUGCAGGAGUGUGGCCCAGAUGUGCUGGGCCACCCAGGGCCUCUGGUCACUGUGGGCACCACCUACCUAUGUCCAAGAGUUGCUUCCUGGUCCUGGGGACAGGUGCACUGGGUGUGGCUGCAAAGGGGCCAGGGCUGAUUUAGCUUGCUGAGGCGGUCCUGACUGACUGCCCUCAAUGCUGCUCACUUCAGGUUAGGGGUAGGUAGGCUAAGCAGGGAGGCCAUGUUGACCCCCUCAUGUUGACCUGCUUCCCUUGGCAGUUGUGAAGAUGGUGCUGGUGUCCCUUCUACCCCCCACCCUACCCCCUGCGAUGGUGCUCAUGCUCGCCAGGCCUGUUCUUGCACACCACAGCUAGCUAAGGUGCUGCAGGGCAGGGUGGCCAUAAAGUUAGCAAGUCCCAGGCCUGGAACAAGACACUGAGUGAACACUGUACACACCACCUGCCACCUUGGCAGCUGCUGCUCCAGUGGUCGCUGCCCCACCUUACUUGAGUGUUAUGGGACAGACACUGCAUGUUCGUGGCCCGCAUGGCCCAGUGGGCCACAGGUGCUCCAGGCGGGCACAGUUGCAAGUCCUCUCCUGAGCCCACGAGAAAGGGGAACCCACAGUAAACUGAACAUGGUGCACGGUGGCCCUGGGUUCCUUAGCUGAUGGUCUUAGCAUGGGGCUAGGCUGCCUCAGUGGUCCCUGGUAUUCCAGCCCAAGGGUGCUGCAGGGCUUGAGCUCAGGAACUCUGAUAGAAAGCCCUACAGACUGGGACCUACUCCCACGCUAGCCCACAAAGGGACUCUGCCAGACACACCUCGGUUCCCACCCUCAACCUACACAGCUUUUUUGGCAGCCUGGCCUGUUUGUAACUUGAUGCAGCUUUGCUCUGUCUUGUAAUGACCUCUGUACUUAACGGGUGCACUGUUCUCUCCCUUGGUUCCCAAGGCAUCUCACACAUUGUUGCCGCCUCUAGACACAGUAAUAAAAAGCUGUUUUCACUUGA